GAGCAGAAAAUAGAAAGGAAGAAAUAAAAAAAAAAAAAAGUGAAUUAAAACAAAAGAAAAGGACGAAGAAUCAAAAAAAAUAAGAAAAAAGUGAAAAAAAGAGAAAAAAUCUUUAAGAAAAGUGCUGUGCUUGUGGAGUUUGAGUUUGAGUUUCUGCAAGUUUCUCCAAGUUCUUCCGCACCAACAACCGUUUUAAAAUAUUCACAAAGUCAUUAAAAAUUUAAUGGAUUGAGGAUACUCGUCGCUGUCGGCCUCAACAUAAAAAGGAUAAUUCAAAACCCAACUAUGACGAGGCAGCUAGCAAGUCAUCCAGGAAGUUGAUGCCUUUCUCAUCCAUAAAUCACUUGGAAACGUUUUUUGUAUACAAAAAUUAAAAAAAAAAAAAAAUGAUAAAUAAUAAAAAAAAUCACCAACACAGAUCAUUGACAGGAUAGCCAGCUUCCGAAAUCAGAGAUGUGUGGUGUUGCCCCAACUCCAGCCCCAACACAAAUUUCUGACGACGACGAAGACCAGAGAGGCUUCAUUCGGCAAACAUCAACUAGGGAGACACAACAUCCUCAACAAAAAUAAAAAAAAAACUCUCCCAACCAUCAGACAAGAGUGAAUCAACAAUAAAAAUAACCCACCCAUCCAAAGCGCUACAUCAAAAACGCGAGAACCAAUCCACUGAGUGUGAUUUAUUUUUGAAAUUUAAAUAAAAAAAAAAAAAAAAAUAAGAAAAAAUAAAACGAAUUAAUGCGCGCCGGGGCAAUGCAGUGAAUUACUCAUAAACGAAAAUCGAUGCGGGUAUUAAUAAAUCAAAAGAUAUUAAAGUGCCAUAAGGGAGGGAAGGACGUAGCAUUGUUGUCGUCGUCAUCGUCUAUACGUUUGACGAGUGAAUUCGAGCGUGACUAUAAUUUCUCCAUGAGGACCAAACGACUAAAGUUCGAAAGUUGUUAUUAAGUGAUUUCCGGUGCCAGAGUCGCAGCCGAGGGAGAUAUUUGCAUUUUAUGAUUAAAUUGUGACUUUAAUGUGCAUCGAUCAGAAGUGGAAUAGGUAGUCGCAAUGUUUCUGUUAACCGUGAUAAAAUUGAUAUUGAUAGCAUUGAACAUCUUUCCGCAUCGUUUCACCAAUCGGAAGGUUAUGUUUGUGAUAUACUUGACCAAUCUUGUGACACAUGUUAUGAUGGAUGAACCACGUUUUGCUCAACCUAUUCCAAACGUAACAGUUGCCGUAGGACGUGAUGCCAAUUUGCCUUGUGUUGUGGAACAUCUUGGAACUUACAAGGUAGCAUGGAUUCAUAUCGAUAGACAAAUGAUUUUGACAAUUCAUCGACAUGUCAUCUCCCGGAUACCACGCUACAGCAUAACAUAUGACAAUGCAAAUACAUGGCUGCUGCAUGUGAAUCAAGCACAUCAGGACGAUCGAGGAUAUUAUAUGUGUCAGGUUAAUACGAAUCCGAUGAUUAGCCAAGUUGGUUAUUUGCAAGUUGUUGUUCCACCAAAUAUCCUGGACAUUGAAAGCACACCAUCAUCGGUAGCAGUUCGAGAGAAUCAAAAUAUCAACAUGACAUGUCGGGCGGAUGGCUUCCCAGCGCCAAAAAUUAUCUGGAGACGUGAGGAUGGCGAGGAAAUUGCUGUCGAAAAGAAGAAGAAAGGUAAAGUUUUAGUGUACGAUGGAGAGGUCCUGCCUCUGACAAAAGUUAGCCGAAACGAGAUGGGAGCGUAUCUGUGCAUAGCAACAAAUGGUGUCCCUCCAUCUGUGUCCAAAAGGAUUAUCUUGGAUGUUGAAUUUUCACCGAUGAUAUGGGUACCAAAUCAACUUGUUGGGGCACCAGCUGGCACUGAUGUUACUAUAGACUGUCACACGGAAGCACAUCCAAAGGCAAUCAUUUAUUGGGUAUACAACUCGGUGAUGGUACUUCCGAGCAAAAAGUACAAAACAGAUUAUACAGAGAAUUCAUACCGAGCGCACAUGAAGUUAACGAUAAGAAAUUUACAAUACGGAGACUUUGGCAACUAUCGAUGCAUCUCGAAGAAUUCACUUGGGGAAACAGAAGGAUCAAUACGAGUGUACGAAAUUCCUCUGCCAUCGUCGCCAUCGAAGCAAGUAACACAUGCAGUUGUUGAGCCAAAAGAGAAUAAUAUAAUUCCUCAUCGAAAUGAGACAUCUAAAGUGAUACAACCAGAGGUAUUUCCAAUGAAAUCGGAUUUACUUGGUAGUCCUGGUGGGCCGGGUGGGAGUGGCGGAUCAAUGGCGUCUGGUUCGAGCUCAUCGUCAUCAGCAUCUGGUGGGUCAAUAGAUAGAAAAGGUUCACUGGCGAUAGGAAAGAGUAUGUUUUAUACAGAAAAUCCACCAAAGGAGUAUGGACACUCCUCAAAAGGCUCUUCAGUACUGUACGGAAGGGAAUUUUCCAAAAUCAGCAUUUCUCUAUUCGGCUUAAUAACACUAUUUCUUCGGUUGAAAACAUAAUAAAAUAUUAAUUAAAAACACAACUAUAAAGCUUGUAAUUUAAUGCUAUAUCAAAAUAAGCUAUAUCAGCUCUAAGUUUUGCUAAAUUGGUUCCAAUAAUUUUAAUUCUUUAAAAUUUUAGUUCUAAAGCUUUAUGUACAUACUCCUAGUUCUUAAAACUAAAAAAAAAAAAAUAACUAAUAUUUAAUUUUAUUUUGAAAAGAAAAACAAAAUAAGAUACAAUUUUUGCUCAUAGAUUUUAUAUUAGAAAUUCUGACAAAUAAUAUUUAAAUUAUAUUCAUAGAAAGAUGGAAAUUAUCAGUUUACAAAAAUGAAUUGAAAAUAACAAAGAUAGGCUUUUAUCGGAUUUUAAUUGUAUAGAAAAAAAUCGACAAAAUUAUGAAAGAAAAAUGUAAAAAAUAUGUAAACAAACUUAAAAUAUUAUAAUUAUAGUCGUUACAACUACAAAAUAAAAAAAAUAAAUCUUAUAAUUGUGCAUCAAAGGAAUUAAAGCUUAAAUAAAUUGUAAUCAACAAAAUAACAGGAUACUAUGGCAGGAUGAAAAAAAUAUCAAAACCAAUUUUUGUUUAAAAUGUUCUCCAAAACAUAUCGAAAAUUUCAAUUUUUAUAAAUUCAUAUCCUCAAACAUAUCCUUGAACAUAUCAAAAUUAUUUUAUUUAGAUUUUUUUUUUCAAUUUUAAAUACCUACAUAAACAAUUUAGAUCCUGUGAAAUAUAAAAUUGCUUUUUUUUUAAAUUCUUCAUAAAAUUUAAAAACCGUGCAAAUUCUGCAUCAUCUCCUUGAUGAUGGACGGACGCGACCUGAAAAAUGCAUUUAUGACAAUUAUUUAACACAACAUCCGAUUAAUAUCGUCACAGUAUGCAUAUUGUAAUGCAACAAUGGCGGACAAUUAUUCGUCCUGUUUCAUUACAGUAAAUUCACGUUUUCCAUCAAACCGUAGCAGAACAUGGAAAACGGCGCAGUUACACACAGUUAAACGGAAAUGAAUUGUACAUCCUUUUAAAUCACAAGAGACCGCAUCGUGAUCCACCACUACCAUGACCAUCAUCUCCAACACCGCACCCUUCCAAUUGUACCAUACGACCCCCACUAUACACAACAAUACCUACAUUGCGGAUGCGGAAGUUAUGUCCGUGAAAAUGUACAGAUAAAACAAUAUUAUAGUAUACCUAUAGGAGCAAAAUUAUUAUUACGUUAUAGUUAAUAUAUAAAUUUUUCUUUUCCACCAAUACAACAGCAAUAUAAUGAAAUUAUUACAAAUUCCUGUUGCGUGCGCGUUUUAAAGUAAUGUAAUUGGCUGUGUGUUGAGUUUAAUUCUUUUUAGCAUGAAAGCAAAAAAAAAAAAAAAAAACGAGCGAGAGAGUAUCGAAAUAAAUGAAGAUAAAGAGGCAAAUAAGCCCUGAAUGAUUUAUUGAUAGUUGUAUACAGACAGACAAACAAAGCAAAAAAAAAGAAAUUGAUUAACAGUAAAUAUUUAUCAUCUGAGACAUUCCAUUCUUCCAUUAAUACAAAAAAAAAUAAAAAAAUAAAAUAAGUCGGAAUUCAGAUGCCAACAGAAAAAAUAUAUUUAAAGACAAGUAAUUAAUUAAUUUUAAUUAUAAAGUAGUGCAUUAAGUAUAAAAAAAAAAGGAUACUCAAUUAAGAACCAUGAGUAAUGACAUAUACAAUGUCAUAAAGGAUGAAGGAUAAUUUGUUAAAAAGCAAAUAAAUAAAUUAAAAAAUAUUGUAAAGUUUAAUUUUAAGUAAAAAAAAAAAAAAAAAAACAAACAUGACAAAUACUUAAAUAUACUUGUAAAUAUACAAAUUAGACUCAUAUU